GUAUUUUUCUUUGUUUUGCACGGAGCUUAUCUCGCUUUUGCUUCUGCUACAUACCCAACAUGUCCAGGUGACUGUUACCAUGGUGACUACAUACCAGCAACGAGGCGGCAAGAUAUUCUGUAUGGGAACCCAUCAUGCCCAGCGCUUGAUAUAACUGAAGCUGUAUACAACACGAGUCAGUUAUGUUUUGCAAAGGCGUGUGAACUUGGAGGAAAUGUAAUACAACACAACUAUCGGGGAAAUAACACAAAUUUUUGUGGAAUAUAUAAAUGCGAGUCGAAUGUGAAUGGCACUAACUGGAACUAUGACUGGGUAAUGGAUGAAGAUGUGAAGGGACAUAUUUCUGCACGACCUCAUCCGUAUAUACCAAAGUGCCAUAGUUCCUAUUUC